UUGCAGUCAACACUAUUAUUGUGAACUGAUACGCAACCGAUAAAAACAAUGGCAACAGCACAACCGGGGCACUAUAGCCAGGUUAACACUGCACAACUGUACACUUGCAAUAUCGGCUAGAUUGCCGCAAUAUGUGCGUCCUCGUAUGUGUACGCAGGCUACAGACCCUUCAGUAUAACUAGGUUAGCGCAAAAUAGCUUGCACAUAACUAGCUCGACAUGACGAACGCCACAUCUUAUGAAGCAAAAACAAACAAAUCAGCCAAAAUGUCGGAAGUGUUUACCUUGUUUAACGUGAUCCUAUGGUAUGCGCGAGCCAGAGAAAGGUAAUAUUAGGUAGCUAAUGUUGAAAUACGACCGAAACGGACCUCCUAAUAACAAGCUAUGGCAUUGCUAGCCGGUAAUUUCAGGGGCGACAGCGUCAUCUUCAGCACUUCAGUCCUCCAUGGUGACUUCAGACAAAUGCUCAAACUCGACCUGGUUACAUAUCUGUGAUUUAGACUUUUUCAACUGGAAAUACAUACACUAAUUGUUACAUAAAAUUAUGUAAGAUGUGUCAGGUUGAUGUAGCUAGCUAGAUAUUCAGUCAAGAUGGCUUGAAAAAUACGCCCCUUUGGGGGGAAAAAAACUAGCACAGCCAAUUGUGCGUCCUAUUUUUGCCGCGUACACAACGCGCAUUCGAUUAUGAUUGGCCAACACAGAAAACCCAUUGCAUCGAGUUGUAACGGGAGCACAUAUUAGCGCAAAUCGUUGAGAAAAGCUCAUCGACCUUUCUUGCGCGCCUUAACUUCAUUAUCGACGCACAACAGUAUUUCACACCUGUUACGUCCAGUACAGUGCUGCUUAGAAGUUGUAUUCCUUUUGAUACGUUGGUUACGGUUUAAAAAAAUAGGUGAACCACGUGCAUAAUGUAGGCUAUGCCUGUAUGCAUAGCCUUUUUCUGCAUAGCCUUUUUCUGCAUAGUUACUUAACUUGUCACAAUUUAUUGCAUAUACAAAAAAAUUGAUAUUGAUUAAUGAAGGGGCAACAUAUCUGCAGCCAAGAGUUAGACAUGUAAGAGGAAUAGCGCCAUGCAAGUGACCUAGCCAGUUCCCUUUGCUGUUUACACUACACACAUUCCCACCCCCUUUCGUUUGUCAAUGUUUUUUUUAAAACCUUUUCUUUAUUAUUUGUUCAGGAGCCUAUAGCCUUGCUCUGUAAACAGGUGUGAACCUGGGGCUGACUUCAAACCAGUUACAAGCCAUUUGGCAGAUUAUAAGAUUUUUUCUCAAUUAUAACAGCCUGUGAUACAGGCUUGGAUAUGGGUGAUUCUGUGUUUGAAUCUACCAAACAUAUUAUUAAGUGACACAUUCACAGGACAAACUCUUUGUCUGUCCCCCACCCCCCUUUAAAAUCUCUUUCUCCACCCACAAAAAAGUCCAUUGGCUGUUUUAGCAACUAUGUUGUGUUGGGAUGAAUAUUUCUCAUCAUCAUUUGCUCUAGUUCAUCAGGAUCAGUUUAUAGUUGGAAGGUUCAACACAGCAGACUCAAUUUACAGCUAACAAUCCUGUCAGGAUCAAAGGUGAAACCAUGAGGGUGCUGGAGGGUGUUGUAGUGUGCACCGUGGUGCUUCUACUGUCCCUAGGGAGCUGUGCUGCAGUGCGACCAGACUUGACAAUCACUACAAUAAAGCAAGAUCCAUACACCAUGUCCAAAGGCUCUCAGCUGGAAGGGUACUGCAUGGACCUGCUGUCUGAACUGGCCAAGAAACUGAGCUUCAAAUACAAUGUGCACCUGGUGAAAGAUGGGUCCUAUGGCAGGCAGGAUGAGAGUGGGGCCUGGAACGGGAUGAUCGGUGAGGUGGUGAGAGGGGAGGCAGACCUGGCGAUUGCUCCUCUGACCCUUACUGCUGCCCGGGAGAAGGCUGUGGGGAUGACCAAACCCUUCAUGCAGACAGGCAUCAGUAUUCUCCUGAGGAAAGACAUCUCAGAAGAGGCUGGCUUCUUUGACUUCCUUACCCCCUUCUCAGUAGAUACCUGGGUGGGGAUCCUCGCUGCGUACCUGGGGACUGCUGUCUGCUUCUGUGUAGUAGCCAGACUCAGUCCGUGUGAGUGGAGUCAACCCCAGACUGAGAAAAACAGCUUCACUCUCAGCCACAGUCUGUGGUACACUGCUGGAGCCCUCACUUUACAGGGUGCCGGUCCACACCCCAAAGCUUUAUCAGGACGCAUUAUCUGCUGCACCUGGUGGUUGUUUGGUCUGGUACUCUUGGGCUGCUAUUUCUCCAACAUCAGCACCUCUCAGGGCUCAGACUCCAAUUCACUGAUGGUGAAAGGGUUUGAGGACCUGGCCAACCAGCAAGGGAUUGAGUAUGGGACCCUGUCUGGCUCCUCUACGCUUGCGUACUUCAAGAACUCUAAUAACCCAACCUACCGCAAGAUCUAUGAGCACAUGGAAAGAACCAAGAGUUUUGUGUCGUCAAUGGAUGAGGGUGUUCGCCGGGCAAAGGAGGGCAACUUUGCCUUCAUUGGAGAGUCCGUGUCACUGGACUUGGCGGUGGCACGUCACUGUGAGCUGAUCCGUGUCCAUGAGGUCAUCGGCAUGAGAGGGUACAGCAUUGCAUGCACCCUGGGUUCUCCCAUGCUGAAGAACCUGAGCGUGGCCAUCCUGCAGCUCAGUGAGGCGGGAGAGUUGUCCUACCUGCGCAGUAAGUGGUGGGCCAGCAGCUGCAUGGCAGACCCAGCCAAGGCCUCCUCCCUGCAGCCCCACAGCCUGAAGGGCAUGUUUCUGGUGCUGGCCCUGGGCCUGGGACUGGGGGUGCUGCUGGCUGUCCUGGAGCUCACCGCCAAGUCCCGGAGCGGUGCUGGGGAGCAGAGGAAAUCAUGUUGCACAGUGUUGUCUGAAGAACUGAGUCAGCGUUUCAGGGGUACCACCACCAAUGAGAAGAGAAGUGAGGAAACCACAGACAAAGAAAAAGCAUGAGGAGACAUGAUAGUAUAUGAUAAUAUAUACAGCCUGACAAAGCAAAUGUCUCCAUGCAGGUCUUGACAUGAGUCAUGGCUUGUAUACUUCUUUUCAUUUUCAAUACUAUCUACCACAGUGAGACAGAGUAUAUCAGAAAGGCUUCCAGACUGUUAUAUGAUAUAUGUUUAUUAACAGAGUGAUACAUAACAUAGUGAAGUCAAUUAACAAUACUACUGAAGUACUAUGUUUAAAAAUAAUUAUAUGAUAGCAGAGCAUUUUACCGAGAAAACCAACAUGUAUAUUUACUGUUACAAAACAUGUAAUGUGUACUGAUUUAUAAAUAUUUAAGGGGAGUGCAAAAAAGAAAUUAAACAUGAAGAUCCAAGUCAAGUCAUCUGUAAAUUAUGAAAAAUGAUCCGUUUCAAAGAGUUUACAUUUCAGUACUUUGGUUCGGAACAAAUACUGAGAACAACAGAUUACUGCUAUUAAUUGUAUGAUGCAGUAAAUUUGUUUCAAAGUAGAUUAUACAUUUACAUAUUGUAGAUACUAAGUAAACCUAACUGUUUUUGUACAAUUGGCAGCACACAUUUUGCGCAUUCCUUUCGAAACUAUAAAACUUAGUUACAUUUUUUGUUUAUUAUAGAACUCAACAUAAAUAAAAAAGCAUUAUGUCAUAGAAUGAUGUUGAUGUAAAAGUUACGGCACAUCUUUCAAUAAAACCAGUCUAAUAAUGAAUAUAUGUUCCAUUCUGUUUCAAUCAGAACUAUUUACCACUUGGUAAUACAUUCUAUUUACAAUACAUGCAUCUUGAUGUAAAAUCAAAAUACCCACAUCAAAAAGUAGGUGAUUACAUUAUACUAAUAAACUUGUUUGGGCUCCUGUAAUGAUCCUGCGUGUGUAGCUGACAGUACAGACCACGGUGGUACAUUUUGUUCCAUGUAUCUAGAAUCUAGAUACAUGCAAGGUAAUGCUAUAUGUUUAGAGUGUAUUUCAUACUCUUAUGUUUAAUCCAAUG